AUGCUUGAGGAGUUUAAUGAUAUGCCAAUACAUCCUACUCAUAACAUAUUAUUGAGUAGUAAAAUUUCUGAUUUUGUUAUUAAGGAGACAAAACCUAUCACGGAAAUGCAAAGCAUUAUCAGCAAUCUUUUAAAAGAAACGAACAUCAAAAAAAAUAUAUAAAUUUAAUUCGAUAACCCUUAGCUCGAAAAUAUGAGAAACGAAUUUAGUUCAAAUACACUAAGCUUAUAGACUAAUUUUUAUAAUUUGAUUGAUGAAGAAAAAAGAGAACAUUAAGAGCUCAAAUUAAUAAACAAAUUUGCACACUUUGAAGUUUAUAGUGACAUAUAGCCUUAGAAUUACCAAGAAAUAUACAAUUAAGAUGCAGCAAAUACAGAAAUAAAAUUGCCUAACAUAAUAAAAAAGAUUAAGAAGAGAGUUAAAAUAGAUUUACUUAGAGAGAGGUUCUAUUUGAAUCGUACAAGACACAAUAUGACUUUGUGGUUAUACAAUUAAAUGAAACCAUCAAAUAAUGAAGAGAAGCAAUAAAAUGGAAAGGGCACAGGUUAAGUGCAAAAAUAGAAGCUUAAACGUGAUUUACAAAGCAUUACAAAUUAUGAUAAAAAGAAUAAAUAAGUGUAAUAAGAUCCUUUUGAAAGCAAGCAUAAUUUCAGUCAUAUAUUAAAUGUUUAAAAUAUUGUUGAAAUGUAGUAAUCUUUCUUUCCUCCUAAGGCUACAUUUCCUAUUAAGUUGUACUAUCCUCUGAAAGAUAAUUGUUGUAAUGAAAAUGCUAUACAGCCUCCAUCUAAUAAGAUUUAACAUAUUAGAAUGAUUCCUAAGAAGUAUGAAGGUUAUGAAACUCAUUUAGCACUAGGAAACACAUUUAUAAUUAAGAUGAAAAAUCUUUUAACCUUUUUCUAGCAUGUUACAUAAAAGGGCUCUGACUUUGUUUAUAUAUCAAACCAAAUGGAUUUAGAUUAUUUUUAGGUCAAGGUGCUUUACGAUUAUAUAAGUAAAGUUUUUAAACUUUCCAAGGUUCAUAAAGAGCAAAGAAGGAGAAGUUAACAAAAAAAAGAUAGAGUUUAAGUCAAAAUGCAGGAAAUUAAGUAGCACAUAAAAAAUAUUUUCAAAGAUCUUUAUGAAGAGCAAAAGGUUGAAACAAUAUUUUAAAUAGAAGAAGUUUUUGUUAGUUAUGGAGAUAUUUAAACAAGAUUGAACAAAUAUUUUCACCCAGAAUCUAAAGAUGUUGAGGAAGAAUAUGUAAAAUAAGUUGAAAAAACUCAUAAAUACGAAUCUGAUCUCAAAAAGGAAAAAGAAAGGGAAAAAGAGAAAGAAAGAGAAAAAGAAAAAGAUGAAGAUUAUAACGAGGAAGAUAACGUUAAAGGAAGAAAACGUAAAGCAAAAAUAGCUACUUCAGAUGUAAGGGCAAAUACAAGAAGCAAUAACCAAGCAAAUAAAAUGCUAUAACUUUUUUGA